AUGACGUUCGGGAAAACUAUUCUACCGUAUCUCUCCUUCACUGCGCUUUCUUCUACUCCUUCUUCCUAUGUGGCCUACAAAUUUGUCACCGCAUCAAAACACGUGGAUCUUCUGAAGGCACAAGUCCCGCACCGUUUCUUCUUUGUUCGUUGUCUCCGUCUCCAUCUUAUCACCUCUCAAACCUAUAUUCCAGCAUUUUUAUCGUGCGGUUUAUUCAUUCAAUACGGACUACUCAAAGACGAUGACAUUAUUACAUACACAAACGGAAUCGGCUGUUUUUUGCAAGGCUGCUAUUUGUUGUACUUCUACUUUAUGACUAGGAACAAGAGAUUCCUAAACAAGGUUAUCGCUAUCGAAUUGUGCAUCAUUGGAAUCGUCGUGUAUUGGGUUCAACACUCGGCGAACAGUCAUGUGACAAAACAAACUUAUGUGGGAAACUAUUGCAUUUUUCUGAAUAUCUGCAGUGUGGCCGCUCCGUUAUUCGAUAUUGGAAAGGUUGUUCGGAAUAAAUCAAGUGAAUCUUUGCCUCUACCACUCUGCAUUGCAUGCUUCGUAGUCUGUUUCCAAUGGAUGUUCUACGGAUACAUUGUGGAUGACAUUGUAAUACUGGUUCCAAACGUGAUUGCAACUGUGAUUUCGAUUCUGCAACUUUCACUUUUUGUGAUCUAUCCGGGUGCUCCGCCAGGAGUGUUCCCAGAGAAAUACGAGCACAUUUAA